UAAGUAUUUUUUUUUUUUUUUAUAAAUCGUCUGCCAGCUGUCCAGGGGAUAUAAGUUCGUGGUCUAUUGAAUAUAUUUAAUUUCAAUCGCAUCUGAUAGUCAUUGAACACACUUACAUGAAUUCAUAUUAUUUCGUUUCUUUUUUCCCACCUAUCUGACGCAUAAACUGUAUUUUUGAAUCUAUCUACUAUUAAGCCGAUAAAGGAAACAGUAUGAGACUCGGGCUGUUAAUGAUUAAGGGGUUAACUUCAUCCAGUGUGCAACCACGGAGGUGGUUAGGUUCGUGGUGAAAAUGCCAGUUUCUGAUUUAUAAAUUACGUGUGAAUCACAUAUCAACGCAUAGUUUUUAUCUUUCGUGGAAACAGCUACGUAAAAAUUAUUUUUACUUUAUCAUAUAUGUAACACUUUUGUAAACUUAGUUCGAAGAAUUAAUUUAUAAUGAUGUAGCUAUGUGACUGAGGUUGCUAUAAAUACAGAUUAAAAGGGUAGAAUGGUAUAAUUAAAACUUGGCUGUCAGACAGCGUGACUCGUUGAUUGUACUAAGUAUAGUCACUUGCUUCGAAAUACAACCAUAUCGGGUUUUCUCGAGCAAGUUAAAUGUCUCUUCAACCAUUUACGGCUUACAAUUGAACAUAGCACACACGUACUCUCUGCACCAUGUUCUCAUUGGUUUAUAAUAUUCUCGUUUCGCAAGACGUGUUGUCCAUAGAAGGACAUAAAAAACACUGCUGACGGUAACAAAUAAAAAGCCUGAUAUAUAAGGUCUACCCACGCGUGAUCCACCAGAAUUGAACCAGACACAGUUCAGCUGUUGUGCUGGAGUUUUUAGGUUUGAUAAAGGUUGUUAAUUAACAACCACAUGGACUUUAUUCAAAGUUUUGCAGCAGCUUGCCAGAAACUUUACUUAACAAUUAAGUAUCAUAAUCAAGAUGCCUACAGGUAACUGUAAAGCAUAUUUAGUGACAAAUAUUUUGGGGUAAGAAUUUUUUCAAAAAGUGUAAUGUGAAGUGUUGAAAUACAAAAAAGACCCAGAAAAGUGAUAACUGUAAACUAGUGUCUCGUCACUAUCAACCAUUAUAUGUGCAUGGAGGGGGAUCAGAAUUUUGGUGUAGGAGAGAAUGACAGAAGAUACCUGGGGGAUGUUAUUAUGAUCAACCCUGAAGGAGAAGAUCUGGCUGAAGGUGAAGCUGUACCAGUCUGUCACAUGACAGGUGGACAUGAUGUAAGCUGUGAUGAUGAGGAUGAGGACACGUAUGCAGUCCCUAGUGACAUCCCAUUUGUUGAGAACAAGGGAGAUGAAAAUGAGGUCAUCAGUGCUGUUCGAGAAAAUGACUGCUUACUAUUACAACAACUGGCUCAGAAGAAUGUUGACUUUAAUUCACUGUGCCAUUGUCAAUGGGUACCUUGCACCAUUAGGGUGCAACGUGGAGAUUUUAGCAGACAGCUGCAAAUGACAGGAUAUGCAGCAAUCCAUGUUGCUGUUAUUCAUGCAUCUAUCAAGACCAUAAAGUGCUUGUUGACUGGAGGAGCAGACAUUAAUUUGCGGGACAGCAAUCGAAGGUCACCACUUCAGUUGGCAGCUGCUGUUGACAGACUGAAAGUGGUCAGACUUUUGAUUGAUAAAGGUGCUGACAUUAAUAAUCAGAGUUCAAGUUUACGCACUCCUCUCCUAGAAGCUAUAACCAAUCACAGUGAGGACCUUGUUCGAACUCUUGUUGAGUCAGGUGCUGACGUAAACCUGCCAGAUAUUAAGGGUACUACUCCACUCAGCUUUGCUGUUGGUCAUAUGUAUCCAUCCUCUAACUUUGGAACAGACUUGACUAUCAUACGUAUUCUGCUGGAUGCAGGUUGUGAUGUAGACAAAUCCAAUCCUGCAGGAGCAUCGGCACUCAUGCUGGCAGCAGGACUUAAGCUAGUACCUGUCAUUCACAUGUUACUGUCUGCAGGUGCAAAUAUCAAUAAGAUGGACAAUGCAGGACAUAAUGCUUUCCAUACAGCAGUAGCUGGUCAGCGGAACUUGAGUGCCAUGCAGACCUUGAUGUGGAAUGGAGCAGCUACACAUACAUCCAACAAAAAAGGUGAAACGCCAUUAGACAAAGCACUUCAGUUUGGCUCUAUUUCAAUUCUGCGUUUGCUGCUGUCAGCUGAUGCAGCACCUCACCGCCAUGACAUUAUGACAGCACCACGUAUUGUGCAGCUGCGCAAUUAUUUGCCAGAAUUUGAUGCAUGGUUACGUCAGGAGAUGCAUGAGCCACGAAGUCUACGUCGUAUUUGCCGUGAGAUGAUACGCUACCAUCUAUCACCACAUGGUCUGACACGAAUGAGUGAACUGGAACUCCCUCGGACUUUAGUGGACUUUUUAUUAGGCCGUGAUGUGGUUGAUUAAACAGUUGCUAUUCCUGAGUUUGUUCUUGUGGACAUGCCAGCUUGUGAUAAAAGAAAAUCUGAAACGGAAGUUUUGUACUAGAUAAUCUUUAUCAUGUCUUUGAUUUUUCAUGGUUGUAUUUUUAUAUUUUAUUAUUUAUAUUAAUUUUAUAUAUAUAUAUAAUAUUAAUUUAUUUUAUUAAUAAAUUAAAGCUAAGUGUCUGCCAUUGUCAGACUCGUAAAUCAAUGGUUGCAAAUGCUUCUUAAGCAUGCAAGCACAGACAUAUUCCAAUGACACAUGUGAUGGCAUACACAUGUAAAUUUUCCUGCACUAAUGUACUUUAUCAAAAAAAUAUUGUAAUGUCUUGCAAUAUUUAUCAUUAAGUGCAAUUCAAAUCUAUCACAUUCACAUGAUCAUGCAAGUAUAUAUUUGUAAACACAUAAUCUUUUCAUUGUAAGCUGUGACAUGAAAUAUGAUAUAAUUUUGAGUAAACUAAUUGUAAAUUUUAUACAUGUAUAAAAAUUAUUAUAAAUUAAGUGAAGAUUUGGUAAUAGAAGUUAAUAUUUUCACACAUCUUUGUAAUUCUAUUCUUAUUUUACAUUUUGUCAUAAGUUUGAAUUUUUGUAAUCUCCAAUCUUUAUUAUCACAGAGAGCUCUUUGUAAAUUUCCAUUUUUUGUAAAUGCUUUUACAUAAAAUUAAAUGAAAUAGUAUAAUGUCUUGCUCAUCUCACCACUGCAAAAAAAAAAAAUAAAUAAAGAUUCCUGAAAUUUCUCUUCUAAUGGUCCACUUGCUUUAAAAUAGUUUAUUAAUAAUUAAAUUGUGCACUCAAGGAUUUGCACAAAUUCUGCUGACAUUCUUGGUUACUAUAUAUACCUUCCUGCCUUAGUGGCUUCUCUUCUGAUGUAGGGCAUGAUAUGUCAAAGACUUAUGGGGAAUUUUUUUUUGGUGUUUCUGGGUUUUUUUCCUGUCUUUUUAAAAAUGUCUUAAUAUCAUGCAGAAAAUGCUACACCUUCAUGAAAUACUGAUAAUUAUGAGCAUGAAUAGGUAAUUUAUAAAUAUAUUAUUUAUCACGUAUUCUGUGGGAUUUAUGUAGUCUUUAUAUAUAUAUAUGCAUAAGUUGUGGAUGCAUGUUCGUGUGUUUUUACUUUGAUGCUUCUGUAUGCAUUUGUGUUUAAUGUCCUCUGUAAUUUUUAUUGUCUGUGGAUUAAAGAAGGAAAAAACAGCA